GCUGACGCUAGGAAUUUCAGAACAGACCGACAUAACCAAAGCUGUAUAUCAGACCAUAUUCUCACUCCCUUUACCAGAUAUCUCCUUUCUUUGGCAGUAUAAUUUACAAUGGACAACUCGUCAACUCCUACGACAGCGGAUUUUUCAUCCACUCCCCCAAAACGCACCAAAAUCGUUCUCCUUGGUGACCAAAGUGUCGGGAAGACCAGUCUCAUAACAAGAUUUAUGUACGACACAUUUGACAAUACAUACCAGGCCACUAUUGGCAUUGAUUUCCUGAGCAAGACUAUGUAUCUGGAGGAUCGAACAGUGCGGCUACAAUUAUGGGACACUGCUGGACAGGAGCGUUUCCGUUCACUAAUACCAUCGUACAUCCGGGAUUCUUCUGUGGCCAUCGUAGUCUUUGAUAUCACAAAUCGUCAAUCUUUCCUCUCAACAUCCAAAUGGAUAGACGACGUUCGAUCGGAGCGAGGGAAUGAUGUUAUCAUUGUCUUGGUUGGUAAUAAGGCUGACCUGUCAGAUAAGCGUCAAGUCACUUUAGAAGAAGCGACCGCCAAAUCGACACAGCUGAAUAUUAUGUUCAUGGAGACAUCGGCCAAAGCUGGUCAUAAUGUUAAAGGUCUGUUCAAGAAGAUCGCCAUGUCAUUGCCUGGUAUGGAGAAGGAGGGCCAGUCAGACGUACAAAAUGCUAAAAUUGAUGUCACUACGGCAGAGGCGUCCCAAGUUCCUGAUGCAUCUCAAUGCAGCUGUUAAUCUAGGUCCUAUACGAGGGCCAUACACUACCAUCCCCAUCCUGUGUUGUUAUAUACCAUCUGUCUUUUUGCUUCUACUGUAUCAAGCAUGCAAUUCUCUAUGUACCGGAA